AAUAUUCUACGCUGAUUACGCUGCUCUAUACGUUUAACUGCAAUAUCAGAAGCACUUCAUUCCCAGUUCCGAGACGUUCUGACACUUCCCCACACUGAACACGACUACAAAUAUUAUCACAUUCCUUCUUGCCAAUGGAAACUCGUUCAGCCUUUGGAUUCUCCAAUGUCCACAAUUGCUUUUUCCUUUCUUCAUUUCCAUUGCUCGUUUCUUCUGCUGCUCAAUCUUCUAGCAGCUUUCGCUCACUGCCGCGUUCCCUCCACUCUCGAAGGUCCCUUUGAUCCCGUCACCGUUCCCUUUGACCGCUUCUUGCUCGGCGCCGUCGACUUGCCGCCCUCCGAUCCCCGCGUUCGCCGCCGCGUUCAGGGUUUCGAGCCCGAACAGAUCUCUCUGUCUCUCUCCACCACCCAUGACUCUGUUUGGAUCUCAUGGAUUACAGGGGAGUUUCAAAUUGGUUUCGACAUCAAGCCUUUAGACCCAAAGACUGUCUCAAGUGUCGUUCAAUAUGGAACUUCAAGAUUUGAUUUAGUGCAUGAAGCUAGAGGUGAAUCUCUCAUCUACAACCAGCUCUAUCCUUUCGAUGGCCUUCAGAAUUACACUUCUGGAAUUAUCCAUCACGUUCGACUCAUAGGAUUGGAACCAAGCACACUGUACUAUUAUCAAUGUGGAGAUCCUUCACUACAAGCCAUGAGUGAUAUAAACUAUUUCAGGACCAUGCCAAUUUCUGGUCCACAUAGCUACCCUGGCAAAGUAGCUAUAGUAGGAGAUCUUGGUCUCACUUAUAAUACAACUACUACCAUAGGUCACCUGACUAAUAAUGAACCUGAUCUUCUUCUAUUGAUUGGUGAUGUAUCCUAUGCGAAUCUGUAUCUCACAAAUGGAACUGGCGCGGACUGUUAUAAAUGCACGUUUCCAGAAAGUCCUAUACAUGAAUCAUACCAGCCUCGAUGGGACUAUUGGGGAAGGUUUAUGCAAAACCUAAUUUCUAAAGUUCCAAUAAUGGUGGUAGAAGGAAAUCAUGAAACAGAAGAACAGGCCGAUAACAAAACAUUUGUGGCCUACAGUUCUAGGUUUGCAUUCCCCUCUGAAGAAAGUGGAUCUUUAUCCACAUUAUACUACUCUUUCAAUGCUGGGGGCAUUCAUUUUAUUAUGCUCGGAGCUUAUAUUGAUUAUUAUAAAAACGGUGAACAAUACAAAUGGCUGGAGAGGGAUCUGGCAAGUGUUGAUAGAUCAAUAACUCCCUGGCUUAUAGCUACUUGGCAUCCACCAUGGUAUAGUUCUUAUGAAGUUCAUUAUAAAGAAGCAGAGUGCAUGAGGGUGGAGAUGGAAAACCUGUUAUACUCGUAUGGUGUGGAUAUAGUAUUUAAUGGACAUGUUCAUGCUUAUGAGAGGUCCAAUCGGGUUUACAAUUACAGUUUAGAUCCCUGUGGUCCUGUGCAUAUUGCAGUAGGGGAUGGGGGUAACAGAGAGAAGAUGGCAAUCAAAUUUGCAGACGAGCCUGGUCAUUGUCCUGAUCCAUUAAGUACUCCUGAUCAUUUUAUGGGUGGCUUUUGUGCAACAAAUUUUACAUUUGACCAAGAGAGUGAGUUUUGUUGGGAUCACCAGCCAGAUUACAGUGCUUUCAGAGAAACUAGCUUUGGCUAUGGAAUUCUAGAGGUGAAAAAUGAAACGUGGGCUUUGUGGAGUUGGUAUCGUAAUCAGGAUUCGUACAAGGAAGUUGGGGAUCAAAUUUACAUAGUGAGACAACCUGAUAUAUGUGAUGUCCCUCGGAAGGUGUGCAGAGAUUUUACUGCUUCGAUUUAAGAGGCACAAGGAGUUCAUUUGGUGUAAUUGAUGAAUAUGUCACAACAGCUGAAUAUUAACUUCUGUGGAAACCACAGUGCGCUAGAUGUCACUAAGCAUUAACAUAUGCUACCUAGCACUGGUACCCAAUAUGGUAAACACUCUUGUUCGGUAACUAUCAAUAUUCAGAAUGUUUAACAAAAGUAACGUAGAUCCUCAGUAUUUUGAUAAAAUGAAAGUGAAAAAUGCAUGGUUACUUUUGUUAA